CAACUUUGACUCCCCAAAUGUUUAAUGUAAAACCAGCAUCUUAGUGUUUAGUUACUGGUGGUGUGUUGCUGUUGUUUUACUGGUUUCUUACUAUUUAUUAUAAAUUACCAGAAAAAUAGUGUAAUAAUAGUUAAAAAAAAAAACACCAGUAUUUUUUAGACCUAGAUUAAUAUCCUCAAAGCUACAACCUCUGCUUUUUUUCAAAUGUUUUCAAUUAAAUUACAUGUGUAUUUUAUUUUGAAAGUAAAGUUUAAUUCUUGUUGUUUUGUAGGUUCAAUCAUCAUCCUGCUUGAAAGCGCUACACCGAAAAAGUCAUCACAAUGGAAAGGUUAUUCAGCAGCCCUAGCACACCCAACCAGUCAAUGGUGUUCACCUCCAUCUUCAACUCCAGCUGUCGCUUCGAUGAGGAGUUCAAAUACAUCCUGCUCCCAGUGUCCUACAGUCUGGUGUUUGUGGUCGGCUUCGUGCUCAACGCUGCAGCUCUGUGGCUCUUCCUGAAGAUGCGUCCGUGGAACCCGACCACAGUGUUCAUGUUCCACCUCGCCCUCACCGACUUCCUGUACGUCCUCUCGCUGCCCACUCUCAUCUACUACUACGCCAACCGCAGUCACUGGCCCUUUGGGGUGGCUGCCUGCAAAGCUGUGCGCUUCCUCUUCUAUGCCAACCUUUACUGCAGCAUCCUCUUCCUCACCUGCAUCAGCGUGCACCGUUACCUAGGAAUCUGCCACCCCAUCAAGGCGCUGACCCUAGUCAAGUCCCGCCACGCCCAUCUGGUGAGCGGCAUGGUAUGGGCAGUGGUGACCAUCUGCUUGGUGCCCAACCUCAUUUUUGUCACCACAUCCAGGAGAGACAAUGACACUCUCUGCCACGACACGACCAGCCAGGAGGCAUUUGAGGAGUACGUGGACUACAGUUCAGUUGUCAUGGUGCUCCUGUUUGGCGUCCCUUUCCUGGUCAUCGUGUUGUGUUACUGCUUAAUGGCUCGAGCCCUGUGUCGGCCCAGACAAGGAGUUUCCGCAGGCCAACGGGGUGCUGCCUCGCGUCAGAAAUCCAUCAAGCUCAUCGUUGUUGUAUUGGUGGUGUUUGCCGUGAGCUUUGUCCCGUUUCACAUCACACGGACCAUCUACUACACGUCCCGUGUAUUAGAUCUGAACUGUGAAUUCCUCAACAUUGUCAACUUUACAUACAAGAUCACCAGGCCACUGGCGAGCAUCAACAGCUGCAUUGAUCCCAUUCUGUAUUUCUUGGCAGGGGAUCACUACAGGUCAAAACUGAUGUCUGCUCUAACUGGAAAAAGACAAACGACAAGCAGCCAAAGCCCCGAACAGGCACAAACACAGCCAAUCAAUAACCACAACAUCGCUCUGGUGUAUAAAAACUCAGCUCUUAAAGACAGUGGAGAAAUCCAGAGAUAGUGGGAAAAGUGUGAAUCAUGUAUUGACAAUUCCUACUCCAGGCUAAGCUAACUUUUACGAUGUAGGAGGAGAACCAGCUGCUGUGAUCUUCCUUUUUUUUUUUUUUGCACUGAGAGAUUUGGAAGAGAAUCUGAUUACCACAUUUUUCAUAGUACUCCAUUAAACCUCUGUAAUAACCCAUGUUUUGAUUACACUCACUUUCUUGAGGUCGCUGUGUUUGACAGAUGAAAUUGAAGCAGAGUUUUUACUGUCAAGUGUUCCUCUUUGUUGAGAAAAUGAUUCCUUUCUAGUAGAAAAAUUUCCUGCUUGAUUUUUUAAAUAAGCAGUGACAAAGGUGGUCACAGCUGCUCUAAAGUCCAUUUUGAAAGAUUCAGUGUGUGUGUGUAAGAUAGUACAAGUACUGAUCUUACAUAUAAUAACAAGUAUGUCUGAUUUACUGGCUGUUUCUGUCUCCAAAAUUAGGCAAUCCUUCCUGUUUUAUCAACAUUUUAUGUGUUACCAAGAAACUGCAGCUCUUGACUCCAGCUGUUUUUGUCCUUCACUUUUCACAGCUGUCUGUCUCUUGCUCCACCAUGGAGCAACAACAGAGACGCUGAUCUGGACGAGAGAUAUCGUUUACAAACCGCCCAUGCAUCAUUAGAAGAAUAAUGGAUUUUCCUUUUCACUUCUUUACCUUUGGGAUUGAUACAUGGAAUCUAAAAGCUUAUUUGCUAUCAGUACUCUAGGCUAAACUCUUAGUUUUAGUCAGAGUAGGAAACUUUUACUUACUGUAAUUCUACAGAGUAGGAAACUUUUACUUUUUCUACAGAGCAUCCGCCACUCUAGCCUUGUUUAUAAUGUUGAUGUAUGCAGCAGAUGUUUUAUACAGCUCUGUGUCAUAUGUUUUCUCAUGAUACUACAUCAAAGUACUAUCUGUAAAGAUGUUGUUUAAAUAACAGAUAUGUAUCAUGCAGUGUGAAUGUGGGAGUUAUUGUGGAUUACUGUGUGUCACGUAUCAUGUAGGCAAUGAGUAAGAAAUCACUGAAAGUACAAUAUUAACCAAACUCCUUCUAUACAUGUUUUAUUUAGGGUAUUUAUGUGAACCAUCUGUGAAGCAAACCUGUAACUAACGUCACUUAAUUUGACCUAAAUACAGUAGAUGCAGUAGAGCUGAUGUUUGGGAAUAGAAAGCAGAGUAUCUCAGGUUUCAGGAAAUAAGGGAGAAACAAAAACACCAAAGUGAUGACAAAAACAGUUUUGAUAUUUGAUUUCAUACAAACAAAGAGGGCUUUUCUUUAAUAAGAUUGUUUGCUUCAUUUCCACUAUAUCUAUGAUAAAGUUUAUAUUAUGUGACAAAGAUAAAAAGAUAGAUAUAUUUACACUAGCAUACAAGAUAAGGGCCUUCAAUCGUAAUGUUUCUGAAGUCCCUUUAAGGUUAUAAAACCUGCAGUACUUUCUGCAGUAAUACCA